CCUUGGAUGCAAGGCAAGAUAUAGUGGUCGUUGAAGUCCCUAAACUUGGGAAAGAAGCGGCCCAAAGGGCCAUCAAGGAAUGGGGCCAGCCCAAGUCCACAAUCACCCAUUUGGUCUUUUGUACCACUAGCGGUGUGGACAUGCCCGGGGCCGACUACCAGCUCACUAAGCUUCUUGGGCUCAAACCCUCCGUUAAAAGGCUUAUGAUGUACCAGCAAGGCUGCUUCGCCGGCGGGACGGUUCUCCGGCUGGCCAAGGAUCUCGCCGAGAACAACAAGGGCGCUCGGGUUCUGGUCGUCUGCUCGGAAAUCACCGCCGUCACUUUCCGAGGCCCAAGCGAUUCGCAUCUGGACAGUCUGGUGGGCCAGGCUCUGUUCGGAGAUGGGGCCGC